AUGAAUUGUGCUCUUGAACACCCGAACUACAGUAUGGGUUCUAUGUUGGUUUGUGUUCUCUUGGUGGGUCAUUUUACAACUGAUGUUUUCGGACAUUCCGGAAGGCAUCUCGUUGGCGGCUUCACUCCGGCUUGCCCGCCCAGCUCUGGACACCGAACUUUAUUAACCCCUGCCCUGCAGUCGCAUAUUUCCACUCUUGUUGGUACCAAACCAUCUAACUUCGAAAUCAUCAGCGUCUCUUCUCAAGUCGUCGCUGGAACGAAUUACAAGGUUGUGGUCAAACUCAAUGAUACAACAUGCUAUCAACUCACUCUCUUUCAAGGCUUAUACACUGAUCCAACUUUAAUGCGCGUCAGCGACAGCAUGUCAGUCCAGUGCCCUGAGCUUCCUUUACAUUGUUCAUCAUCCUAAGUCUUUUCCACGUUAUACUGGGCCAAUUUCCCUACUUCUCUCCGAAUCAACAUCGUACUUCGUAUUCGCAAAAAUGAUCCCACUAUUUCUCUGUUCUGUAAUUUGCAUAUUUGGCUUCCUAUUCACUCUUUCAUCAUUACUCUUACAUCCACUCUAUUUGAAAUCGCAAAGUUAAUAUACUUAUUAUCUCAUAUCACUAAUAUUUAUUACAGCUGCUCAUUUCCUUUCGCCGUGGAGUUUAAUCAUAGUUCCUCAACAGUUGAGCUUUCU